CUCCCCCCAACCCUAGCCGCCGCCAGGGGACGGUCGCGUCGCGGCAGCAGGAUCCAACGUUACUGGACAUUGAUUAUGCUUGGUGGAUGAGGAUGCCACAAUAAAGAGGGCGGGGGUUCGAUAAGGUUCUUGUCUUGAAGCUAUCCAGUGAGGGUUUAGAGUUGUUGCCUUUGAAGACUACAACCCAUGCUAGUGAAUAAAUUGAAAAGGGAAGGUGGCUGGUGAACUUGAGUUAAGACAUGUCCAAAUCUACUCCUGUUAAAGCAAGCAAGAAUUCUGAAUUGAAGAAAUCUACAGCCAUCUUAACAAUAGCAAAUGGCCAUGCUUGUAAGAAGGAUGCAAUUGGUGGAGAGCAUCCUGUCCAUGACAUCAAGUCCACUGGUACUUGGAUCUGUAGAAAUUUGGCCUGUAAAGCUGUUGUAACAGCUGAAGAUUCUUUCUGCAAGAGGUGCUCAUGUUGUAUUUGCCAUCAGUUUGAUGACAAUAAAGAUCCUAGUCUAUGGUUGGUUUGUGCAUCUGAAAAUGACGACAAACAGUGCUGUGGUUCUUCUUGCCAUAUCGAGUGUGCCCUCCAACAAAAGCGGGUGGGAUGCUUUGAUCUUCAAAAAAUUAUUCAUCUUGAUGGGAGUUAUUCAUGUGCUUCAUGUGGGAAGAUAUCUGGGAUACUAGGUUAUUGGAAAAGGCAAUUAGUGAUUGCAAAGCAGGCUCGCCGAGUUGAUAUACUCUGCCACCGCAUCUAUGUGAGUUAUCAGUUGUUGGAGGGUACGAGCUGUCAUACAGAAUUGCAUAACAUUAUUCAAGAUGCAAAAGCAAAACUUGAAUGUGAGGUCGGUCCACUUGAUGGAAUGUCGGCAAAGAUGGCACGUGGUAUCGUAAGCAGGUUAUCUGGUGGUAGUAAUAUACUGAAACUUUGCUCUCUAGCGAUUCAAAAAGUUGAUGAGUUGUUGAGUUCUCCAUCUCCAGGCUUGCAUGUUCGAGGUUCAUUACCAGCUGCGUGCAGAUUCAAAUUCGAAGAUAUUACAUCGUCUUCCCUUGUUAUCAUCCUAAAAGAAACUAAAUUAGCAUCACCGGACACCAUCAAAGGUUAUAAGCUAUGGUACUGGAAGAGCAGAGAGCAACCAAGCAUGGAUGAACCUGUUAUUUUGUCAAGAGAUGAAAGAAAAAUACUUGUUUAUAACCUCGCCACAUGCACAGAAUAUUCCUUCAGAAUCAUAUCAUUCUCAGAUGCUGAUGCGACCAUUGGGCAUUCCGAGUCUAAAUGUUAUACUGCGAGCAAGGAGGUAUUUGUCAAAUCUGUGACCCAGAAGGCCACGGGAAUAUGCCCGCAGACGCAGACAACGGAUAGGAGCCAGGCUUGUAUGUCCACUGGAUUUAGGAUCCGAGAUGCUGGGAAGAUCUUGCGGCGAGCUUGGGCUGAAGAAGGCUGUUUUGAGGAUAUGUACGAAGGUUCAUGUGACAUAAGUGCCACAGAAGCAGACCAGGCAGAGAACAGUGAACAGGGUCAUAUGUUAUCUGGUGCAUGUCGCAAACUUCAGUUCAAUGCAUUUUCUGUCCCUGACCUAAAUGCACCCAUGCCCAUGGACAUAGACUCUUCCCCUGAGAAGAGCUAUGAUUUAAAUAACAGACUUUUUAGGUCAAAUGACAGUGGUGGCUCAGAGGCUUGCGAGGCAGUCAGGAGCGCGGAGCCGGCUGCUGUUGAAUCUCGGCCAGGAGGCAAGGCAAAGCAGCCCAAUGGUGCUCAGAAUGAAAGCUGUGAGCAGGAUGGAGUUUCAGCCAUCUGCCGCCAAAAGCAACUUCUGAAAAGGCCUAGAGUUCUGGAUGAGGACUAUGAGUACUGUGUGAAGGUGAUACGGUGGCUGGAGUGUGACGGGCACAUAGAGACUGAUUUCAGAUUGAAGUUUUUGACUUGGCUGAGUCUAAGAUCGACUGAGAAUGAGCAUAGGGUUGUGAACACAUUCAUCAAAACACUAAUCAAAGAACCAAGCAGUCUGGCUGAGCAGCUUGUUGAUUCUUUCGGAGAGAUGAUAAACUGCAAGAGACCAAAAGUAGGUUUCGGCAGUGAGCUAUGGCAUUUGGACAAACAAUAACAAUUCAAGAGUUCGCUAACUCAUUGGUAUUCUAUAAUUUUUCCGAUCAAGGGCAGUGAAUUCCGGUUGCUUCUGUCGCCCAAAAUGAGAAUGAGGGGGUUAGGUUCAUAAACUUGAUAAUCACCGCACCGACCCAGCUAUCAGAUUAUUACCAUACCUUAUAAGUUCAGAUCAGAACGUGCACAAUUUUCUUGAGUGUCAUCAUUUCGACCAUUACCAUACCUUAUAAGUUCAGAUCGGAACAUGCACAAUUUUCUUGGGAGUCGUCAUUUCGAGCCUAUGGGAUUAGGAUAUUUGAUUUACUUAGAAAUUCCUAUCUUCUUGAUUCUACUUAGGAAAAUCAUUUUAGGCGGAAAAUAGAUUGCAUUGAAAGAUUCCUGUUCCACCUGUAAGUAGUGGAAACAAUUUUAUAUUCUCAUUGGUUUAGUACUCUAUAUUCUGUCCGAGCCCUGGAAAAAAAUCUUAUAUGAUGUCAUGUAUGGCUUACAUGUGCUUGGGACCUCUUUUUCA